UAAGGCAUGGUAUAAUUAAAUAAAGCAUCAAACAAAUGGUUUUUCAUUCUUGGUUGGUGCGAUAGGCGAGGGUGGGAUGGGUUUACAUAUUAGACCACACCUCCGGCUCUCUGAUGGUGUCUCGGCAGGUUCCCAACAAAUAAAUGACUGUCCCAUCCUCCGGCGAGCUUGAAAAACCUUCUGCGGUCUCUGCCAGCACCUCUCAGCUUUCAAGCAUGAGUCUGAGUCUUUGGAGCAAAGGUAUGUAUUCUUCCAGCGACCUCUGCCUGGACCGCUGCACUGCAGAGCGUCUACCCAUCAAUCACCCCGACUCCCCAUCAUCAGAUUUAGUUGUGUCGGGCGAUUUUUACACCUCGCACAAGGAUGGCAACCGCAUUCAAGGACUGAUCCACAGGACUGAAAACACUCUUUCGGGUUUGUCGUGUUCCAGCCCGAUGGAGUAUAAUCUGAUCAGAGGAAGCGCAAGGGCACCGCUGUCUCCUCCUUCUUAUGGUCGUCAGGACUGGAGUCUCAACAGUGGCCAUCAAGCCAAGCGUGCCAGAGUUGAAAACAUCAUCAAAGGUAUAACCUGUACAGAUGUGAUGUCAGAUCAGAGUGAAGAGACUGGCGGUAUGCAGAGAGAAGAAGGGGCUGAAGGGCUGGCUUUGCAUCAGAAACACAUGGAAACAAGGGAACCCGAAAGCCAUCAGCACCUCAGAGGGUUUAGGGCGAAGUUCAAUCCCCUCUGUGAGGAUGAGAGGUUUCCCAGAUGGCGCAUUUCUUUUGAAGCGUCUACAGAUGAGGCACUUUCUAAAUCCUGCGGCGAAUCUGAAAGCAGUCCAGGGAAAAAGGGGGGGAAGCCGGACCACUUCAACUCCAAACCGGGUCGGGUAAAGCUGAUGGCGGAUGUUUUAAAGUACGAGCUGACCCAAGCUGUGAGCAGGAGUGUGGACUCUAUUUUCAAAAGCAUGCCACUUAUACAGACCGCAGCUGAGACGGAGAACUCCGAAAGCGGCCCAGCUCCUCAGUCGGCAGUACGUACGGAGAAUAAAUCAAGAUGCGGUGCAGCAGCGAUUCAGUUCCCUGAUGUCCAAACAGAAGCCAUGUCACUGGUAGUCCAAAAGCCUGAACUGGAACGGCCUCCGAACUUCCUCCUCCCGUCUUCAUCAGCGGCUCCCCUCAUCCCAAAUCCUCCCGUCUUCUUCAGCCGCGAGCCUGAACGAGCGUCGGAGCGAAACAACAGCACAGACCGCGAAUGCCACGCUUUUAGAUGUCUGCAGGACGGCUGCUCCGAAGGUGGCGAGCCAAGGUCGGACACGUGCUGGAAUCUGGUCAAAGUGAAAUCAAAGGUCAACUCCCGACCUUUGAGGAGCCCUCACACGCACGGCAUGCCGGUGGAUCAGGUGAUUCUGGAAAGCCUGCAUCUCCCACAUGUGAAGCUGGAGCCGGACAGCUUGGAGAAAAACAACCUGUACAUGUUGAACGAGUGUCUGACAACAAACCACCUGAAGAAGGCAAAGCUCAUGUUCUUCUACACUCGCUAUCCGAGCUCAGUGGUCCUCAGGAUGUGCUUCCAUGACGUGCAGUUCACGCGCUGCAUCACCUCCCAGCUCAUCAAGUGGUUCAGCAACUUCCGGGAGUUUUACUACAUCCAGAUGGAGAAGUUUGCCCGCAGCGCUCUCCUUCAGGGGGCGGUGGACGUCAGGGAUCUGACUGUGGGCAGAGAAUCAGAACUUUUCAGAGCUCUCAACAUGCACUACAACAAAGCCAACGACUUCCAGGUUCCUGACAGAUUCCUUGAAGUGGCUGAGAUUACGCUGAGAGAGUUUUACGUUGCAAUUUCAAUGGGCAAAGAUCGUGAUCCAUCCUGGAAGAAGACAAUCUACAAGGUGAUCUGCAAGCUGGACAGUGACGUUCCACCUGAAUUUAAAAGGCAUCACUUUGGAUGAAAACCAGCCAGAAUACAUCUUGUGGACUUACUAAGUGAUUUAUGGUUUAAAUAAGGCAAACAUGUGUAUUAAGUAAUACACAUGUCAGAAAAUCUAUAUACUAGAGGCCAAGUAAAUGAUUGAUUAUGUAGCUUCAACUAUCCUAUACUCAACAAAAGCUGUUGAAGCUACAUCUGUGAGUAG